AUGUUCCGCAACCAAUACGACACGGACGUGACGGUGUGGAGUCCGCAGGGCCACCUGCACCAGAUCGACUAUGCUAUGGAGGCUGUGAAGCAGGGAAGCGCGUGCCUGGGGCUGACGUCCAGCAAGUUCGCGGUGCUGUGCGCCAUCAAACGUCAGAGUCUGGAGCUGGCCGAGCACCAGAAGAAGGUCUUUAAGAUCGACGAGCACAUGGGUAUCGCCAUCUCGGGACUCACAGCAGAUGCGCGUACGCUGGCACGAUUCAUGCGUACAGAGAGCCUCAACCACAAGUUCGUGUACGGCAGCUCCAUCACAGUGGGGCGCUUGGUCUCGGACGUGGCGGACAAGAAGCAGGAGUGCACUCAGUCGUACAUCCGUCGCCCCUACGGUGUGGGUUUGCUGGUGGCUGGCGUUGACAAAAAAGGAGUUCACCUCUACCAGACGUGUCCGUCGGGUAACUACUAUGAGUACAAGGGCAUCGCUAUUGGCGCGCGAUCGCAGUCUGCCCGCACGUAUCUGGAGAAGCACUUCGAGAGCUUCCCCAACUUGGGAAAGGACGAGCUCAUUCACCACGCACUGCAAGGUGUGCGUGGCUGCCUCCAGGGAGACCAGGAGCUUACGGCCAAUAACGUGACCAUCGCCGUUGUGGGCGUGGACCAGCCUUUCAAGAUCAUCGAGGGCGCCGAGCUGCAGCCUUACAUUGAUGCCGUCGAGGUGUCUGACGUGAAGGAGGACGAGGACGGAGACGCUAAGAUGGAAGAAUAA